AACCAGGGUGUUGUGAGGGCAUUUAGGUGGUUUCGUUUGCUUCUUGCCCAGGCCGGUGCUCUUCUCUUCUCCUCGUUCCCUCUCUCUUCCCCCCCUCUCCCUUCCUCCCUUCUAAACCCCCAACCCCUCCAACUCCCCUGCGAUUUCCUCUGUUCCUCCGUCCGAAACAGAGCACAACAACAGAGAGAGAGAGAGAGAGAGAGAGAUGGUGGGAGAUUUCAUGGUAUGUGUCGAUAGGAUUAUCGCCCCGGCGUCCCUGGAGGCUGGCAAUGGGGGCGGUGGCGGGUACGGUGCUCCGGCGGUGGAUGUUGGAGUGGGAGAAGAGGGGUCUUCGGAGAAGAAGAAGGGUAGCUCCAAGAAGAAGAAGGGAGAAGCAGAGGUAACAGAGUGCAGGAUAUGCCAGGAAGAAGGGGAGGAGAGCGAGAUGGAAGCCCCUUGCGCUUGUAAUGGCACCCUCAAGUUUGCCCAUAGGAAAUGUAUUCAGAGAUGGUGCAAUAAAAAGGGGGACAUAACUUGUGAAAUCUGUAACCAGGUUUAUUCACCCGAUUAUUCCCUGCCCCAGAAAAGAGCUAGUUCUGAUGCCAUGACCAUCGAUAUCAGACGAAGUUGGGGCACACAGAUUGAUCUUCAUGAUUCCGAUUUGCUGGCCAUUGCUGCUGCAGAGCAGGAGUUGAUACGUGCAGAGUAUGAAGAUUAUGAAGCUGCAAAUACCAGUAGCAUUGCCUGUUGCCGCUCUGUUGCGCUCAUUCUGAUACUACUUUUGGUUGUUCGUCAUGUUAACAUGGUCGCAAGAGACGUGGGGAUGGUGCAGGAUGUAUCAGCAUUCUUCAAUGCAUCUCUUCAGUUUGCUGGUCUUUUUCUUCCAUGCUAUGUGAUAGCACAUUCAUGCUACCUUAUACAGAGACGCAGGAGGCGACAGGUCUAAGAGGCCAUGGAAACCUUUGGAUUUUACUCGAGAGCUUGUCGUUUCCCAACUUGAAAACUUUUGGGGUAGUAAUGCUUUCCCAGGUUUAAUGCUGAGUCCCCACCAAGACUGGUCGCUUUUCCUUUUCUACGAAAUGAAUCGGAACUGAGUUCCUGAGAAAUGGUGGUUGUUACCCAAAAAUUCCUGCCUCAAGAAAAUGUAUAUAUGGAAUAGUUUCUCAGUGGUUUGUGGUUUAUGUGAUUCUCCUCAAAUCAAUAUAGGCAGAAAGAUUUGCUUGUCUUCAAGUUACUACUAUCUCAAAGAUUGUCACUCUUUCCAAAGAUGUGCAAAAUUGUGUGGGUGGUGCUUGAUUGUUAGCAGUGAUCAGGGCAACAAUCUACAUCUCGACUUCUUUUUACCUCAAUCAAUUUCUCAAUUCCAUGGGAACCCUUUUUUGUUUGUUAUUUAAGUUCAUGAUAUGGAUUCUCAAGAGGCCCAAAUCAAUGGCCCAUGUUUUUGUUUUUCUGUUUUCAAGAAGACAAACAACCAUGCAUUGAAUCAAGAUGCAUGGUAUAAUUGAAAGGGUAUCAAUUUGUUA